AUGCAUAGUUCACAAAUAAUUUUAUUUUUAGAUAGAAAUAUGUGGUUGAAAAAGAGAAAAAUAGGCACUAGGGCAUAUGAAAUCCCACAGGAUAGAUGCACAAAAUGGUGUGCAAGAAAGAUAAAGCCCAUUUCAUCUCGGGCGCUGUACUUUAUGUAUCUAACAAUUCUUUUAGAACAAUUAUAUGCUAUAAUGCAUAGAGUAGAGGAGCUUACACCUCUUAAAUACUAUACAAUUAACAACCCUGCGCUGGGGGAAGUACACAUACACGUAGGAGGACCGCUAAAUCCAGCAAGAACACAUAUAUAUGAGCGCAUGGGCAUUUUAUUAUACAAGAUGUACCUUUCUGCAGAAGUUAAGCGGGAGCAUAAUGAAAUAUUUAAUAAUCCCGGGUGGGCUGGGGAUACUAUUAUGAAACAAUUAAAAUGUAAGCAUUAUGCAGUGAUACCAAAUCCACUAUAUACGAGUAAACAGUUAGAGUAUAUGCAGGAGUAUUAUAGUAUAUUAUUUUUAAUGUUCCAUGGAGGAGAGGAAUAUAGGUCUGAAUUUAAAAACAAAACUAAUAUAUUUUGUAGGUUUCUCAGUAGUAUUAAUACAGCACAGAAUAAAGCUGAUCACACUAUUCUGGCUUCUUUGCUUCUUCUGGCAGAAGGACUGGAUAUUCCGCUGAAGUUUUUAAAAAACAACCAGCAUAUGCAUCUGGCAUUGCAGAAGAACCAAUCCAACGAUUUCCACUUUAAUUUCUGCAGAAAGGAGGUUGGUACAAGCAUUGCCGAAGUAAUAGAGGCUGAUGCAAGUAUUAUCGAAGAAAAUGCAGUGUAUUUUAAAACAGAUGAAGCACACGAAAUGUGCGCAUACAAUAUAGUGAACUUCUUUAUUAAGCACUCAUCAAAUUCUGUAAUAGAAGAACUAGGGUAUGUAGAACCAAAGACGUAUGAAGAGUACAAAACCCGAAAUUUUAUUAACUCACCAGGAUUUCUUAUUCAGAAAUAUGUGCACUAUUAUUUAAAUAGUAUUGAAGAAAUAAAAGAAUUUAUUAAAACUGUGCAUGAUUUAUUAUGUGAGUAUCUGCCAGGUAAGGAAACCCAGGAAAUGACAAGCACAGAAAAUACUGCAAAAAUAAUAUUUGACAGAUGCUUCAUAAGUUCAUAUAAUAAGAACUCCACAUGGGAAGGAAUUCCAUUGGAGGAAUUAAGCGAAUAUAUAUGGAAUAAGAUUCAAAAACUUGGCCCAAUAAACAUCAUAUAUGAAAGUUUAAUCAAUAGAUCACUAAGAGAUCAUGAGUAUGAAGAAACUGAGAGAAUUAAAAAUAGCUUUGCGGUGUUAUUUAAUAGAACUUUCAUACAGUAUAUAUUGAGUGACUGUUUAUUUAUUUUAGCAGAUAAAAUUAAAAUGUCAGAUGCCACUGUAAAUGCAAGUAAUAACAUACAGGUAGAGGAUUUUAUAAAAAUUACAGAGCAGAAAAAUCUAGAAUUUGAUGCUUUUUGGGAAAAUUUAGAAGUAAAAUGUAAUUAUGAAACUAUAGUGGCAGCUCUGUUCGCAAAAGCCAUUUAUAACAACUUGGACAAAAACCACAAAACAGUACAAUUAGCCGCAAACACAAUAGGGAGAUACAUGAAUAUAUGCAGCACAAACACAAAUUUACUUAUUUUUGCCAUUAUUGCAAGUAUUUAUGAACAGUCUAGGGAAAGUAACCCAAAGAUAUUUCUAGAAAAUAGUAUUUAUCCGAUGUGCCAUUAUUUAAACGUGUAUAUUAUGAACUAUGUUUCUUUCAUUCUUAUAUAUUUGAUACACAAGAAUGCACCGCAUGCUAUUAUUCGCUUUAUAAAGUCAUAUAUGGUAGUAAAAAGAAAAUUUAAUCUGUUUACAGUUACCAAUCUAAUACUAUGGCAUCUAAGUCAAACUGAAGCAAAAAAUCUAUUGCUGUGCUUAACCUGGAAUUUCACUACCACAGAAUAUAUACAUUAUGCUUUUAUGAGUGUGCAGAAAAUAGAAGACAAAAAAAGUAGGGAAAAUAUUGUAAAUGACAUGAACGAGUUUAUAUUGUUAUUGCAUAAUAUAGCCGCUCAGAACGGGUUGGACUUUAAAAAUAUUUCUAAUGAGUCUUACAUGAUAACUAUACAAAGUUCAAUUAAAGAGAUAUCUACACCAAAUACGGAUCAAAACACUUUCAGCUUUCUACUAAACGCCAUUCAAUCGAUUGAUAUUUCCCAAAGAAGCAUUUCUGAUCCAAUUCAGACUAAAGGCGACCAGAACAUCAAAACAAUGCACUCUAUUUAUAAUAGGAAUACUAAUGAAGGUGAAAAGUUGAAGUCAAUGGAAGAAAUAGAAAACAAGGCUAAUGAUACUAUUUACAUUCUAAACAAUAUAGAAGAAUUCUAUUGCAAGUACCAGAUGAUGGGUGCGCUUAUUGCAUGUGGUCCAUACAUAAAUAAGAAUGAAACAAUUAAAGCUCAGUAUAAUGAGAUACGAAAUCAGUUUAUGAGAAUCCAUAAUAAGAGUUGGGAUAUAGAAGAUGUUAUUUCUACUAUUUUUAUUGACAAUGAAAAAAAAAUAUGCGACUUUUUUAAAGCACUAAUAGAUCUAGGAGUAGAUAGUGCAUUAGAAAAUUGCCAAAAAUUAAUAGUCUUUACACCAAUCUAG